CCUUCACUCUUUAAUGUCAGCUUGCUUCCUCCUCCUGAGAGUUGCUGUAGCCGAACACUUGCAGAAACUGCCUCCUGCCCUCUUACCUUAAUGAUGGCUAGGCGGCCAAGACACAGUGUUUACAGUAGUGAGGAAGAUGAUGACGAUAUCGAGAUGUAUGACCACGAUUACGAUGGGCCGCUGCCAAAGAUGGGGAAACGUCACCUCGGCAAAACGAGAUGGACGCGGGAAGAAGAUGAGAAAUUGAAGAAGUUGGUUGAAAACCAUGGCUCAGAGGACUGGAAAGUAAUUGCCAGCUUCCUUCCUAACCGCACAGACGUGCAAUGUCAGCAUCGAUGGCAGAAGGUGCUGAACCCAGAACUCAUCAAGGGACCGUGGACUAAGGAGGAAGACCAGCGGGUGAUUGAGCUGGUGCAGAAGUACGGACCCAAACGCUGGUCUGUCAUCGCCAAGCACCUGAAGGGUCGGAUCGGCAAGCAGUGCCGGGAGCGCUGGCACAACCACCUCAACCCCGAGGUGAAGAAGACCUCCUGGACCGAGGAAGAGGACCGCAUCAUCUACCAGGCGCACGAGAAGCUGGGGAACAGAUGGGCCGAGAUCGCCAAGCUGCUGCCCGGACGGACUGACAACGCCAUCAAGAACCACUGGAACUCCACCAUGCGGAGGAAGGUGGAGCAGGAAGGGUACCUCCAGCACUCCGCCAAGGCAGGCCAGCCGGCCCUGGCCGCGAGCUACGCCAAGGCCAACCACAUCAUGGGGUUUGGCCACUCCUCCCCCUCCUCGCAGAUGCCGGCCCAGUCCCCCAUCAGCCCCGACUAUCAGUUCUUCCAGGUCGACAGCCAACGGGUGCCCUUUCCUGUGUCCUUGCACGUCAACAUCUUGAACAUCCCCCAGCAUGGAGCUGCUGCUAUACAAAGACACUAUAACGACGAGGACCCAGAGAAGGAGAAGAGGGUGAAGGAGAUAGAGCUACUGCUGAUGUCCACUGAACACGAGCUGCGCGGCCAGCAACCCUUACCGCCACAGAUACCCAGCUAUGCAGGCUGGGCUCGCGCGGCCAUGAUCGAGGGUGGGGGGCCGCUGGGGGAAGGCGUGGCCAUUUCCUGCCUGGGGGAGCAGCAGCAGCGGGCCGCGGCCCCCCCUCCGCCGCUGGACCACGGGUGCCUCCCCGAGGAGAGCGCGUCCUCGGCCCGGAGCGGGACGCACUCCGCCCUGCCCGAGUACAUCGACUGCGUCAUCGAUUCGUUUUUCAACACAUCAGGGCCUCAGGACAGCUCAGGGAUGGACGGCCUCUCGCUGUCUUCCGGGCCUGGGUGCACCCCGAAAUCCUUGAUUUCCCCCUUACACCGGGACCACGCCCUCAAACCCCAGAAAGAGAACGACAUUUUCAGGACCCCAAAUCUGCGAAGGUCGAUUAUGGAGACGUCCCCUCGCACCCCCACCCCUUUCAAGACUGCACUGGCGCACCACGACAUCAACUUCAACUCCCUAAAAAUGCUGCCUCAGAGUUCCCACCUGGAGCCGAACCUGGCGGAGGCCAUCAAACAGGAGCCCAUGGAGGCCGAGAUCUCUGCUGGGAUUCAAGCAGACGCCCAGCCGGCGCUGAAGAAGAUCAAACAGGAGGUGGGGUCUCCAUGCGAGAGGAGACACUGUCUCCAGUGGGAAGAAGGGGAGCUUCAUGCCCAGCUCUUCCAGUCCACGGGCUCCAUGGAGGACGUGCCGGAUCUUCUGACGAGCUCGGGUCUGAUGAUGGCGGGGUCGGAGAAGGACGGAGACAAUCUCAUCAAAGCGUGCCACGUCCCGCGAAAAGCCCACGGGAGCCCGCUGCAGCAGCUGUCCACCUGGGAAGCAGUGGCUUGUGGGAAGACGGAGGAUCAAAUGCUGGUGUCGGAACCAGCGCGUAAAUACAUGAACACUUUCUCUACCAGGACGCUAGUCAUGUAAAAGGGCUUGAGUGAAACCCCUAUGGAAAAAAAACAAAAAAAACAAAACCCAAAGCAAUUGAGGAAACUGAACAUAAAAAAAAAAAACACUUCACGUUGAUUUUAAAACAUCAACCUUCCCUCUGCAGCGUCUCUUGAUAGACACGGCAGGGAAUCUAUUUGUUGUGGUACAACAGUUGGGAGAAGCACGUUAGCAUUUUAACCCUGUGCUUACACUCGUUGGAUUUCAACCAACCAAAGAUUUCUCUUUCUCUUUUUUUGUUUGUUUGUUUAUUCUUUAUUUUUAAAUGGAAUUAAAAAAAACAUGCCUAAAUUCCCUAGGUAAACGUCUUUUAUAAUAAUAACUGUUCAAUGUAUUUUUAUGGAUAUUAAUAUAAAGAACAACCUGAAUAAUUUAUUACUUUCCACAAAACUGUUUAUCUAUUGGCAAAACAAGCAGUGUUUCACUCCAGUAUUGUCUUAUUAAUUUUCUUUCGCCUGUCAUGCACUAAUAUUGACAGAAGCCAUACACCAUGUAACAGUAUCUUAACGCUGUGAGAGUAUUUUCCCCAAGCAUUAUUACAGACCAAAUUUAAUACUGGGAAAUAUUUAAAAAAAUAUAUCUAUAUGUAUGAUCUCUGUAUUGUAUUUUAAAGUCCUGGUUUUAAACCAUAUUCAUGUGUCUAUGCUUAUUUUAUUUUAUUUUUUAUUCUUUUGGUAUUGUUUUUUUUCAGCUUGCUUUUUAAUAAUACUGUACAGAAACAAAUUUUUUUGUUUGAACAAAUGUCCUUUGUUUGCCCUGUGUGCCACAUAAAUGCCAAAAGAACCAGGAUAAGUUGCUGCUAAAAGUUUAGCAAGUAAAUCAGAUAAACUUCAAAUAGAGCUUUACUAAAAAUUUACAAAGAAAAAAUGUCUGCACUAGAUUUGGAGAAUUAGUUUCUCAGAAAAUAUUUUCAUAAACACUGGUUUGAGGGACCACAUUUUCACUAAACUAGUUCCAGGGAAAAAACGUUUUUGAUACUCAGUUUUUAAAAAAUAAUUUUUCUAAAUAAUUUUUUUAAAUAUAAUUUUAUAAUCUGCUUUUUACAACUUUUGUAGCAAAUGAUAAACACUUAGCCAAGAAAUGUAUUAUUUCCGCUGCCUUUUUAUACUAGCUUCCAGUGUAUAUCUUUUUAUACAAACUUUGGGUACUGCCUUGUAAAUAAAAGUGUGUUUUGAAA